CCAAAGUCUCUCACAGAGAGAGAGCAAUGGGGAGUCACAAACUCAGUGCCAAGCCACGCACCUCAUACUUAUUCUUUGUCAUUCUAUUAAUCUUUGCUUCCCUAGCAUCCUUUGCAGAUGCAGCAGUUCACUACCAUGAUUUUAUUAUUGAAGCAAAGCCAGUGAAGAGGCUGUGCAGAACUCAUAGCACGAUUACAGUGAAUGGCCAAUUUCCAGGGCCAACAUUGGAAGUUCGAGAUGGUGAUACUCUGGUGAUCAAAGCUAUAAACAGAGCUAGAUACAAUAUCACCCUCCAUUGGCAUGGAAUUCGACAGUUGCGAAAUCCAUGGGCGGAUGGGCCUGAGUAUGUGACUCAGUGUCCUAUCCAACCAGGGGGGUCUUAUACAUACCAGUUCACCAUCCAAAACCAGGAGGGGACUUUAUGGUGGCAUGCUCAUAGCAGAUGGCUUAGAGCCACAGUUUAUGGAGCUCUCAUCAUAUAUCCUAAGUUGGGUUCUCCAUACCCCUUCCCGAUGCCCAAGAAAGAAAUUCCCAUUCUUCUUGGAGAAUGGUGGGACAGAAAUCCAAUGGAUGUUCUAAGGCAGGCACUUUUCACAGGAGCUGCUCCAAAUGUAUCAGACGCAUUUACAAUUAAUGGUCAACCAGGGGACUUAUAUAGAUGCUCUAACAAAGAAACUGCCAUAUUUCCAGUGGAGGCGGGUGAGACAAUUCUUUUGAGGAUCAUCAACUCUGCAAUGAAUCAAGAACUUUUCUUUGGUGUGGAACCACAACUAACUGUUGUCGCUGUGGAUGCUGCUUACACCAAACCUUUCAAAAAUGUCAUCAUGAUAGCUCGUCAGACAACCAAUGUCCUCCUCACUGCUGCCACCCCAGCUCGUUACUACAUGGCAGCACAUGCCUACAACAGCGCAAUGCACCUUCGACAAUACACACACACAGCAAUACUUGAAUAUAAAUCCGCCCCUUGCAGUGCCAAAAAAGGACAACCUGUGAAACAAUCUUCCCCGCUACCGGGGUUCAAUGACACAGCCACUGCAACUGCAUUCACGGAGAUAAAGAUGCCUUCCCAGGUCAAAGUUCCCAUUGAGAUUGAUGAGAGCCUGUUUUCACAUGGGGUUGGACUAAUCAACUGCCCAAUCAUAGCCCUCGAUGUCAAGCGCAAUGGAACUCGCUUUGCUGCCAGCAUCAACAUCCUUUGUUAUCCAAUAAGGAACUCCUUAAUGCAGGCACUACACGGAGGUACCUGGUAUCUUCCCACAGACUUUCCGCUGUCCUCCAAUUCAAGAACAGGCAAUGUAAGCCGAGGACUCUGGCAACCAGUUAAGGCAACAAAGCUCUUUAAACUAGAGUUUGGUUCCACGGUACUUGUGUUUCAGGAUACAAGUAUUGUCACAGUUGAGGAUCAUCCUAUGCAUCUUCAUGGGUACCAAUUCUAUGUUGUUGGAAGUGGCUUUGGUAAUUUUGAUCCCAGAAAUGAUCCGGCCAAAUUCAACCUUAUCGAUCCCCCACAGAGAAACACCAUUGGAGCACCUCCCGGAGGAUGGGUGGCCAUCCGCUUUGUGGCUGACAAUCCUGGAAUCUGGUUGCUGCAUUGUCAUAUAGAUACCAUCUCUUGGGGCUUGGCCACAGCUUUCCUCGUCGAGAUGAGUGGGAAAUUGCAGACUGUACAGCCUCCACCACUCGAUCUGCCUCAGUGUUAAAAGACAAAAUCACCAGCUAGAAACAUCUAAUAUCACGAGUUCCAGUAUCUGCUGUUUACUCGAGUCCCCAGCAAUAUGUUACCUGAAUUUGGCUUCCAGGAUUUUUCUGCUUUGUUUCUGUCAAAAGGUUUACGUCCUGAAUGGUACUAUUACUAAGCAACUGAUUUGACAUUAUCAAUGUAUUGUUUUUAAGAUUAAAGAAUGGGAUUUCAGAUUACAUUUAUAAUAAUACAAGUUUCUUUCCUUCUUCUGGUA